UAAGGUAAGGUUAAAUCAUGUGAAACAGGUGUGCUGCACGUGCUGUUUUGUUAAACACACCUGAGAGUGAGACCGGACUCGCUGCUGGUUCAAACAAUAUUGGAAAAACACUCGGAAACCGGUGCAUUUUAACACAACUACACUUCUUGACGUUACAGGAGAAAACAGGUGCAAUGCUAUGUUAAAGCAGUCUGUGUCUGAAAAAUAUGGCUUCAUCCCAAGGCACCAGUCACAUUCCUUCUCUUGCAUCACCAACACAACGAAUGCACUUGAUUCAUGUGGAUUCUGUUCAUCGAUGGAUGGAGGACUUGCGGUACAUGACAGAAGUGGAGUGCAUGUGCAUCCUUCAAUCAAAACCAAUCAGUGUUGAUGAAGAUGCUCAAAGCGAGCUCAUCAUUAACCCAGAGCACACUGUACGGGACAACCUUCAGACUCUGCUGAAGAGAGCUUUAAUUAUCAGCUCUGAACUGACCAAAAUGUUUCAAAAGCUGGAGAAGAACCGUUGGCAAAGAGUGCACAGCACAGCAGUGAGAGCCAAUUGCCAUGUGCGCUCCCUGGUCAACGAGUACAACUCCUUCACAAGGAAUUCUCCUCCAGAAAUACAAAAAUAUGAAAAGGCACUGCUGGAGAAAUGCAUGGAGCUGACAAUCAUAACUGAGAGGUGCAUACACACGGAAGAUGAAUAUUUUUUGAUGUCUAUGAAAGACUCUAUCCAUGAAAUACUGACAUCUGUUGGCGAGUCCUUCAGCCACAUGAUUGACAUGGCUUUAGCCAAUGAGAUACAGGUCUUGGUCAGACAAAUAGAAUUGUCUGAUAACAUGUAUACCAUUGGAACAGCCAUCAGCAGUCUGCUCGGCCUGACCCAAGAAGGAGCCCAUUUGUGCCGCAUCAUAGCAAAGGAAGGGGCUGUGGUCGCCCUUUUUAAGAUUUGCCGACAGGACUGCUUCCGCUGCCUCUGUGCGCAUGCUCUGAGAACGCUGGCAUCAAUCUGCUGCGUGGAGGAAGGAAUCAGUCAGCUGGAAAAGGUGGAUGGCAUCCUGUGUUUAGCAGAUAUCCUCACAGAUGAAACCAAUCCUGAAGAGAUGCGUGCAGAGGCAGCCGCUGUGGUAGCCCAGAUUACAUCCCCACAUUACACCUUCACCCAGCAUCUGGGCAGUUUCCUGGAGAACAUGGAAGACAUUGUGACCGCGCUUAUCAAACUGUGCCAACAUGCUUCUUCUGGGGAAGUCUUCCUGCUGGCCUCUGCAGCUCUAGCCAACAUCACCUUCUUUGACACCAUGGCAAGUGAAAUUCUACUGCAGCUGAGUGCUGUUAGGAUAUUAUUUGAAGCGUGCCGCGAUCGAAAGAGAGUGGAUACACCCUACUCAAAAGAUCAGGUUGUGACAGUAUUGGCGAAUAUAUCUGUACUUGACCACUGUGCUUCAGAGGUUAUACAAGAAAGGGGUAUCGAGUGUUUGCUGGAGAUGUUAUUUGAGAAGCCAUCUACUUCAAAUCCACCAGAGGUUGCUGCUUGCGAGCGAGUCCAGCAGAAAGCUGCAGUUACACUGGCUCGGCUGAGCAGAGACCCAGUUGUAGCCCACACUGCCACAAAACUCAACUGUAUUCCUCGACUGAUAGAGCUCUGUCGAUCACCAACUGAGCGAAGCAACAGUGAUUCUGUUUUAGUUGCCUGUUUGGCAGCCCUAAGGAGGCUAGCAGCUGGGUGUCCAGAAAGCAUCGACGAUUCUGACUUUCAACAACUAAUAAAACCGAGACUAGUGGAUUCCUUCUUACUGUGCUCAAACAUGGAAGAAAGCUUUGUAUAAUGGCAGCUGUAAAAUAACUUUCUGCAUGGCAAUCUAUGCAAAAAGUGUUCAUUUAAUAUCAAAAACCUGAAAUCACUUUAAGGUUGACCAAAAAUGUUAUAAUGUUAGAUUGAAGUAUUUUUUUGUUUUGUUUCUUUUAAAUAGAGAUACUACAUAAGGAUAUAAACAUUCCCUUUUUUAGCAGCGAUGCAUGGAUCAUAUUUGUAGUUUUCAUAGACUAAAACAUAAUUUGAAAAGUGCAUUUUCUAACAUUUGUAUGUUCCAAAAUUUUUACAUACAUAAUCAAGACAUAAACUGAAGUAUCCUGGUUAGUUUGCUUACGUAAUAUUUUUUAGUAUUUUGACAUGUGUGUUCGUUUACCAAUCAUUGGGACAAUACAAGUAGAAAGUCUACUUCUGUAUUUCCGAAUCUUACAAAAUACUAGUAAACUGUAGAAUGUGCAGACCUCUCUAUUUCCAUGUCCUCAUCUUUCACAUCCGCUGUACUUAAAACUUCCUAACUUUCCCUCUCUCUCUCUCUCUCUCUCUCUCUCUCUCUUGACACCCAAUAACUAGAAUGAUCCAAGUACCAUGUUUUUGAAUGCGAGUGUGUAUGUGUGUAUAUACAAUAGAUAGAUAGAUAGAUAGAUAGAUAGAUAGAUAUACACACACACAUACUUGCAUUCAAAAACAUGGUACUUGGAUCAUUCUAGUUAUUGAGUGUCUGAUUGUGGUGUGUCAUCAGAUCAUCUGUUUCGGUUCAGUUCACCACCCUCUCCUUAAUUCGCUGAUAGAGUACUGAACAUGCACACAGACUUUACAAAUUAGAAACUUACAUAAGUCCAAAUAACUUUCCCCUUCUCAUUUUAGUCCCUACCUGUCUUAUAUCCAUAUUGAUUAAGUUUCACCGAUGCAUUCCGUCCUGUACAUCAUGCUACUGUACUUGUACGCUAUGUGUAGAAUUAUAAUCUUAUAAUUCUGUCAGUGCUACAGUAUCUGAUGUUGCAGAACACCAUGUGUGUAUUGUCUUCCAGCCACACUUUUAAAUUAAAAUCUCCUGCCCUUCUGUCCCUGGUGUUUAAGUAGCAGUACCCUUGUUACAGUAUUGUGGGCUUACUACUUUCCCCCUACUAUACUUGUAACAUGCUUAAUAAGAACCUAAGGCAAACACCAGCCUUUUCAGAUGAGCCUGUCUCCUGCACAUACAAAUAAUGUUAUCUUUUCCUCUUCGUAUGGGGUUCCCUAUAUUGGCAAGCUUUUUCUUUCUUUUACUUCACCAGCUACCCUUUCCUCACUCUAAAGGAUGAUAUGCAGAUGUUCUACUAGUUUCUCGUUGUUUGUUUGAUAAGUGAUUUUGUAAGAGCUUUUAGAGGCCAUUCUUACACAGUACAUCAACUGCUAUUUCAGUUUGGAAAAACUGUAUAUUGUAAAAGGAAUGUGAUUUUCAAACAUUUGAGGUUGUUUCUCAGUUAUUUCUUUUACCUGCGGUUCUGCGGUGGUUGUGUUAGCUCACAUGCUAAAACUAGCGUAUUAAAACCGGAAUAUACUGUAUGUGUAAGCCUGGUAUCUGUGGGGAGGAAAUACCUAUACAUUCUUUUGAAUGUCAUAUUUCACUACUGUGAAUGCAUUAAGGGAAAAUAAUAAACAUACGGUAUAUCCAGUUUGAGCAGACCAUCAAAUAUCAUUCUAUGAAAACGUGGAUUAAAUUCUAUGGAUUUACGAGUAGUUCAUUUUCAGUGGCCUUUAUGAAGUUUAAGUUAAUGUAUUUGUAUUUUGCAGUAGCUAUGCACAACAAGAAGUGAUUAUUUUGGGUUGUCAUCGACUUGGCUACCUAAAUCAGUACCGCUAUAAUGCAUUUUGUUUAUUAAACUAUUUGUUUCUUUUAAAAAAAAGUGUGUUAUGCUCAUAAAGAUAUGUGUGCAAUAAACUAAUGACACUCACGCAAUUUCCUUUCCCAAAAGUCAUGCUUCUGGUUAUGCCACUAUCUAACUUACAAAGUGACUGUGGCAGAGCUGUACCGAUCAUUGAUGGCACCCUGUGCGAGAUAUAAAUCCAGUGGCCCCGGCCACCCCCAGAACUUGGAAGUCCACUAAUAAAUAAAUAAAAAAAAAGGGUUCAAAAUCUUUGUAAAUGUCCAAUGGAAUGCACCAAUAGAAACAAAGCCUAGAGCUGACCAAUGCACUUUUCUUGCCUUCAGUGAUUCAAAGUCAUUGAUGACAUGGUCAUAGUUCAGAGAGUUGGCUAAUGCAAAUUCAAUGGAUAUAAUGGCUAGAUUAGACAAGCGUUCAAUUUCAGCUUUCUGAAACUAUGUUGGAUUGUUAUUGAACUUGCAAAUAAAUUACCUACUUGCUUGCAAAAACA